GUCUACCGUCGUUAUACAAUAUCAUUUUGAAAUGUGCUCGUGCUUCAAUCAACCUACGCAUUAGUCCCUACUCUGCAUUCACAAUUACACAAUCUCUCUCUUCCUCCCGUUUUUUCUAUCAAUCUCACGGCCCCCUGGCUUACUAUUUUUUGGUUCCUGGUCUAUACAACGGACGUUCCCCCUACCUAACCUUUAUAAUUCUAGUAAAUUGAUUCCCUGGCCCGCACGCCUACGUUCCACAACUUGGGAGUAUCCACAGAAAUCUCUCAUCCUCACACUGAAAGCUUCACAAGGCCCCAAGGCAAAAGGUUCUCACGAAAUCGAGGCCACUUCAAUUCAUCCAUUCAUUCAUUCAUUCAUUCCAUUGAACCUCCUCCUCGCCCUCCUUCUCCACCAUCCGCCUCCUCACUCCGACCUCACCUCUUCGCUCUCUCUAUACCUCCCAACCCUCGACACCUCAUCAGGAAUACAACAACCAACAAUCGAACUCGAGAGCGAAGGUUGAUCGAACGACAUCGUCUCAUCGGAGAUUGUCAACAUCUUUAAUUGUGAGAGCCUCCGGAGGCUUAUGGAUAAUGGUCGCUCGUAGAUGAUUUGGUUUCGAUUCGACGUUGUGAAAGGAGGAUACACCCACCCAAUAAACAAUCGACGAUUUAUCGUCACGACACUCCUUUAAAGACUCGCGAUUUAUUCAUAUACGAUUUGAUAAAUUAAUUUUAAGAUAUACACUCUUUGACAUUUUGUCAAGUACACUCGUUAUUACUUACUCGCCCUGACAAUCGAUCUAUACUUUCGUCCAAUACUUUCAAAUACUAAUAUCUCAAUAAUAAGUUGGAAACAAAUUGAGAUCAAUUCACAACCAUGCAUACACCUUCGCUAUUCUUGGCCUCCGCGGUCGUUCUCUCCUCACUUGCCUCUGCAGAAGGGGAUCGACCAAAAUAUUAUUUCCCACGAGAAGUCAAGAGACAAGUGUAUUCAAACAAUACCAUUACAAGCAAUACACCGGCCCAAACAUCGCAGACGAAGGAUGAAUCUACAAUUACAUCUUUAUUCUCAUCCACAAACGAUCCACAAUCAGACAGCACAACUCAAGAUUCUACGACGAACAAGAGGGCAUCUUCCAGUAAUUCAUUCUUGGAUACUUUCUCAUCCAUACUUGGCUUAGGAACAACAACCACGACAUCGAUACCUUCGUCGACAAGUUUAAUCACAAGCACUCCUUCCAGUACCGCGUCUUUGACUACAUCCGUCGUUAGUGAGGUAUCUUCAAAUGAUAUCACAACCGUCCUAGUUAUGAGUACUGUGACUCUAGGAACUGGAUCUGGUGAAGUUCCCUUCGUUCCACCAACGACAAGUUCGACUUCAACUUCGAUCUCAUCUGUUGAAACAACUCCAUCGCCAAGUCCAUCAUUGUCGAGUGUUUCGGCUCAAUCAACGGCGGAAAGUUCAGUUUCAAGUGCUGAUACAAGUUCAAAUGCUGGAUAUACUGGAGCAUCAACUGGAACAAGCCAAACCAUCGUUUCCGUACCUACGACUACUAGUAUCCCUGUACCCACGACUACCAGUUCUUCGAGUUCAAUUGUGGAUGGAAUUACAGGUGCUUCGACCGGAGUUGAAUCCAGCAUUUCAUCCAUUGAUUCGACCACUUCAUCCAUUGAAUCAACCACUUCAUCCAUUGAAUCAACCACUUCACCCAGUUCGACCUUGGUUAGCUCAUCAGUACAAUCUGUUGCGACAAGUUCCAAUGCUGGAUUUUCUGGAGCAUCUACUGGUACAUCCCAAAGUGUUGUAUCGCUUCCUACAACAAUUAGUUCUUCUAGCUCAAUCGUGAAUGGAAUUACUGGAGCAUCAACUGGAGGAUCUAGUUCAAUCGUUUCUACACCAUCCUCUACAUCAACCCUUGAAGGAAUAACUGGAGCAUCAACUGGAGUAUCUAGCCCAUCAUCCACCAGUUCUUAUGUUCUUGUCGGAGUUUCAUCGGUUACUACAAAAUCGGCUGUCGAACCAAUCAGCAGUUCCAGCAGUGCUGAUAUUGAUAUUUCCCUUGGACUAACUGGAGCUUCUACCGGUGUACCCACAACCACGAGCGCCACUAGCGUCUCCAGUGUCUCAAGCACGUCCGUUUCGGAAGAUUCUGGUGUUUCUGGACCAUCAACAGGUACACCCCCAAAAUCUACCGAAACUAGCGCUGCCGAAACUUCAAUUCAAAGCUCAGUUGCUGGAAUUUCUGGAGCAUCUACUGGCACUGUCCCAACUUCUAUUGAAAGUACUGCCUCGGAGACUUCAAUCCCAUCGUCGAGCUCAGUUGCGGGUAUUACUGGAGCAUCCACUGGAUCUGACUCAUCAGUAACUGCGCCAGUCUCAGUUCCAACCUCGACCGAGACCCCCAUUCAAAGUCCAACUGUCUCAGGCGUUUCUGGAGUACCUACCGGUACAGCCCCAACCGUUAUUUCUAGUGUUGCUCAAUCUUCGGAAUCUUCUGAAAGCUCUGUAGCCACAACUGCCAACUCUGCAUCUUCCAGUGAUAUCGUUGGAACUGGCUCAGCUCCAAGUACAACUGUAUCCCCAUCUUCAGUCGCAUCAGCAACUAGUUCUUCAAGCUCAAACCUUUUGGAACCAAUUGUCGCUUCCACAGGUUUGAUCCCAUCUGGUAUUAUCCUUCCUACCACAACUUCUGCAUCUGAUUCUCAAAGUACAUUGGUGACUUCAUCCACUCCUUCAUCAUCUGCUAGUGGGAUCACUUUUGGACCGGGUGGAGUCUUGUCCGGCUCAAGUACUAUCACUGCAAGCCCUUCGGAUACAAAUACUUCCCCAGUAUCUGUUCCAACUGAUUCAUCAUCUGGUCUCUUAGGAGUCAUUGGUACUGGAGUGACCAGCUUAGUUGGUGGUGUAACUUCGGAUCUAGGAACUGCAGUAUCUCAAGUAACGAGUGCUGUUUUACCAACAGAUUCAUCGGCCGCAUCUUCAAGUGCUGGAAUUUCUGGACCUGCUACAGGUGUUUCUUCCGAAACUACUUUGGCUGGUGUUACUGGUCCAUCUACUGCAGCCUCAGUUAUUUCCGGAUCAAACACUGCUACUACAGAUAGUUCAGCACCUACAACUGUCGCUGGAAUUACUGGAGCAUCUACAGGUGUCUCAGCACCUUCAAAUACAGCUUCUGGAAUCACUGGAGCUUCAACAGGAACCGCUCCAAUUUUCAGUCCAGGUGCUGCUUCAUCAUCAGCUUCGGGUGAUUUACUCUCAUCCUUGGUUGGUGGUGUAUCUUCUUUGGUAUCUUCCGCUACAUCAGAUGUUCUCCCAACUUCCUCGUCUUCCCUUACAGAUUCUAUUGCUUCAGCUUCGGCUUCGGCUUCCUCGGCAGGUAUUAUUGGAGCUACAACAGGUGUAUCUGCCACAGAUCUGAGUGCUACAGCUUCUUCUAUUCCCGCUGGAAUCACUGGACCUGCAACUGGUGUUUCUAGUGGAUCUGCUGCAACUACAACCCCAGCUGGCUUAUUAUCAUCUCUUUUAUCUGGAGUAACAUCUGAUGUUGGAUCUCUCACAUCCGAUUUACUUACAACCAGUACUACAUCAGCUGCCGGAACAGGUGUCACUGAUUCCCCAUCUGUCAUUGGUACUUUGAAUAGUACUAAUGUUUCAAAUACUGCUUCCGCUACAGAUUUGAUCCCAUCCCUUGUAUCUGGAGUCACUUCCGAUUUGAGUUCCGUCUUGGCAUCUGAAACCUCGAGUACAUUACCAACUGCAGGUAUUACAGGCCCAGUUACAGGAAUUAGCCCCACUGCUACUGGAUCCUCUGCUCCAACAUCAACUGGUCUUCUUACCGGUAUUAGUUCUCUUCUCGGAUCAGUAACUUCGGAUCUUGGAUCAGCCACUUCGGUUUUGUCUUCGGAUCUUUCUUCUGCUACCACCAAUGCAUCCUCUGUAAUUGGAUCAAUCACAUCAGAUUUAUCAAGUGCUCCAAGUUCAACAAUUCUAAGCGGAACAGGUGUAUCUGCCUCGGCUACAAUAACCUCAGAAAGUGCAUCAUCCACAGGAUUAUUAUCCUCGGUCAUUUCUGGUGUUACUUCUAUUAUUGGUUCUUCUACAGAUCUCUCUUCCACCGCAGCUAGCACUACUUCCCCAUCUUCCUCCAGUUCUACCCCAUUGGGAAGUAUUAUAUCGAGUAUUUUCGGCUCUAGCACUGCCAGUGAAUUAUCUGCUACGAUCACUAGCGGUAUAUCAACUGCCACCAGUGCUCCAAAUGCUACAGCUAUUACUUCUGGAACAGAUCGUGUAUCAAGUACCUCCAUUAGCCUUGGAUCUUCCUCUACGAUUUCAGGAACUGUUCUCCCAACCACUGCCAGUGGAAAUGCGACCUCAAUUGCAGUAUCUACAACUGGCCUUUCUACCAGUAUUCAAACCGGAUCUGCUACCACAUCCAGUUCAGGAACAGGAAUUGUUACUUUGUCUACUUCCUCGGUAACUUCUUUAACCAGUGGAUCAGCCAAUGUCACCGAUACCUCGAUUUCUGCUUCCUCCACUUCUGUCUCAAGCCUAUCCAGUCUAUCAAGCAUUGCAACAUCAGUUUCUGCCACAACAACUCCAAAUACAACAAUAACUGAUACAUCUUCAACUGCAGCUUCAUCAGCAACGGUUACCUCGGGAAGCUCAGCCACUACUGCACCAAUCACUUCCGUUCUAUCGACGACUACUCCAUCAACAAUUGCUUCCCCCACCCAAGAAAGUACUACGUCGAUCGUCAAGACUCAACCUGCUAGUGAAACAACAGCUCCUCUCACAAUCUAUCCAACAGCUACCAACAAUGCUACAUCAAUGUGGCUUCCACAAACCAUUAUUGUUCAAUCUUCAUCAACCAAUCAAGUUACUCCUACCAAUACUGCACUUGCUACAACUUUACCAAAGGUCAUUACACCCAGUGGAGCCAUUCCAACCAGCCCAGAAAAUUCUACCUUGAUUCAACUUGGUUUCCUUUUCCAACUUAAUUAUGCAUUUGUUGUUGCCAACCCACUUUCAUCAGCACAAAUCUUCCAAUACCUUCCGAUAGGUAUCGCCAGUGGAUUAGGAAUCAAGCAAGAGCAAGUUAUUAUGCACAGUCUCAUUCCAUAUAACACGCAAUCUCAAUUGGAAUACAUCACCACUUUGGCACUUGCUUAUAUUCCAACCAACUUGGUCAGCACACUUGAACUUGAUUUACAUACACCUACAGCAGCUAUCUACAACAAUGACGAUACUUCAGUUAGCACACUUGUUAGCUACAUCAAUCCAUCUAUUCCAUUAACACCUGGAUCAACUCUUGAAGGUGGUUCUGGAACGGGUACUGGUAGUUCCGGAUCAGCAGCCACUACUAGUGCUUCAGGCAAUAGUGGUGUGUUCAACACUGAUGCUCAAAAUACCUCUCCAAAGGUUAAGAGUACCACAGCUGGUAUCGUUGUUGGAGCAGCAGGUGCGGCAGCUGCUUAUGGUGCUGCCAUGUUCUUCAUUGCUAGAAGAUAUAAGAAGCGUAAGCUUAGCCAUCGUCGAUCAAACUCUAUCAUGAACCCAUCAGAAAUGAGACAAUCUGGCGCAUUCACUGGUGGUGCAUUCAUGUCUGGCGGUCGCUUGACCCCUGGUGUUGGAGGAACUGAUAGGAACAGUGGAGGAAGUGGAAGAAGUGCAGGACAUUCAGCACGUACACAACAAAUCUCAGCACCAAUGAUGGCCGAGAAUUCAUUGGGAUGGAAUUGAAGACUGUCACACAGGUCAAUUUAAUUUCUUCACAACAUAUACCCCCAAACUCAAAGUACAUGAAGGUAAUCUCAAGAACUUCAUCUCGUUGUAUCAUAUACGUCCUCUCAAAAAUCUCAGCAUCUGCCUGAAGAAGAGCAACACGCUCAUCAUUUUUCCUUAUUUAUUUAUUUUCAUGUCAUUGGGCGUUGGGUAUCGUCUUUAUACCCCCUUCUUUGCAUCAUUAUAUAAAAAACGUUCCUAAUAUUUCGGGUAUGGUUUUUUGAUCCAGAAGGUUUUUCCAUUCUAUUCAUGUUGAGAGGAGGAUAAGAUUAAGGCGGAUGAAGGGGGAUUUGAAAGGAGGGGGAGAAGAAGAAGGAGAAGAAGUCAAGAGAGAAAGAUGUUUGAGGUCUUGAGGAAGAAGGAUUCGCAGAGAAAUGAGGAUGAAUUUAAAAACCUUUGUGUAUAUUUACGAUCCUACGAACGCGGAUAUUUUCUUUGAAGAGUAAAAGAUGUUGUAGCUGUCGCAAGCAAGCAAGCAAAGAUAUUUGGUAAUGUGAAAUUUUUUGAGGUGAUGCUGAUGUUUUGUUUUGUUUUGUUUGUUUGUUUGUUUGUUUUAUUCAAUGUAAUAUGGAUGCGCUCUUUAUUAUGGGAUACACAUAUAUAUAAUAUAGUAGUAAUGAAAUUUUUAUGGAGAGCAAGGAGAGGGGAAGGGGUGGAAUGGAUGUGGGAAUGGAAUUUGGUAAGGAUAUGGAAGGUGGGAAGGUGGGAAGGGGGAAGAUGAGAUGGAUGGGGAAGAUUUGUAGAUAGAUAGAUAGAUAGAUACCUGAGGUAUGAACUUUUAUUUGUUUAUGAUUUUAUGUCUUUUUUGUGAAGAGUGAAUUUAGUGAUA